UCAUAGUCACACCAUUAUUACUUGCAUGGUAGCCUAAGCCUCUCUAUUUCGUAAAAUGAGGUCCUCUAUUAUUUUCUCAUUUCUUUUAGUGCUAACUUACUUCUCCGCUUCAACCCAUGCAGCAAGAUUCGACAUCACAAACAGAUGCCCCUUCACCGUGUGGGCAGCUGCCGUGCCCGGCGGUGGAAAACAGCUGAGCUCGGGCCAAUCAUGGGCCCUUGACGUCAACGCAGGCACGACAGGGGCUCGCAUAUGGGCUCGGACGAAUUGUAAUUUUGAUGGGGCUGGACGUGGCAGGUGUGAGACUGGCGACUGCGGUGGCGUUCUCCAGUGCCAAGCCUAUGGGCAGGCGCCCAAUACCUUGGCCGAGUACGCGCUGAACCAAUUCAAUAACUUAGAUUUCUUUGACAUCUCGCUGGUGGAUGGGUUCAAUGUCCCCAUGGACUUCAGUCCCACUUCACCCCAGUGCAGCCGAGGGAUCAAGUGUGUGGCAAAUAUAAAUAACGAAUGCCCUGCUCAGUUGAGGGCCCCUGGAGGCUGCAAGGAUCCAUGUAAUGUCUUUAAAACUGAUAUGUAUUGUUGUAACUCAGGUAGCUGUGGACCCACAGAAUUCUCCAAGUUCUUUAAGCAACGAUGCCCUGAUGCUUAUAGUUACCCUAAGGAUGAUCCCACCAGCACAUUUACGUGCCCUGGAGGCACUAACUAUAGGGUUGUCUUCUGCCCUUGAAAGCUUUAGCUUCUUUUAAGCUAUAGAACUCUAGCUAGCCAUGCAAACUACUCUUGUUGUAAUAUGUUUUUAUGUUACUCAGAAUAAAAGCAUAUAUAUGUGCUUACUAUGUUGGCAUACUUAGUAGGGUGUGCUAAAAGUUUGUUCGUGCCGAUCGUUAUUUAAUAUAAAUUAAAAAUAUAUAUUUAUGUGGUU